AUGGCGAUAUACCCCGGGCUCGAGUACAAGGCUGGCUCGUGUCUCCGGAAUUUCUACAUCUUCCGGGUUGGCCGAAAAAUCGCAGACUCCCACUCAGUCCCUAUCAUCCCGAGUUACUUGUACAGCAUUAAUCACGAGAAAAAUGCCUCAGAAGUCCAGACCGCCAAGCCAGUGCUCACGGCGUCUACCUCGGGCCGCUUUCAGAACAUCUUCUCUUAUUAUGACAACACCACCAUGGUCACUGGGAAUAGCACCGGAGAGCUACAGCGGGGGCCACCGCCUGCGGCCAGCACCCAGCACACGGUGACGAACACAUCCGCCGCGCCUUCUGACUGUCCCAGCGAAAACAAAGACCUCCUGAAUGAAAACGUUCAAGUUGGCCUGCUGUUUGCCUCUAAAGCCACCAUCCAGCUCCUCACCAACCCCUUCAUAGGACUGUUGACCAACAGCUGUGUUCACACGCACAAAGAGGAGCGGAUGGGCAUGCUGGCCAGCGUGUACACGGAUGACGAAGAGAGAGGCAACGCCAUGGGCAUCGCCCUGGGAGGCCUGGCCAUGGGGGUCCUAGUGGGCCCCCCCUUCGGGAGCGUGCUCUACGAGUUUGUGGGGAAGACGGCUCCGUUCCUGGUGCUGGCCGCCUUGGUGCUCUUGGAUGGAGCUAUUCAGCUUUUUGUGCUCCAGCCGUCCCGGGUGCAGCCAGAGAGCCAGAAGGGGACGCCGCUGACCACCCUGCUGAAGGACCCCUACAUCCUCAUUGCCGCAGGGUCCAUCUGCUUUGCAAACAUGGGGAUUGCCAUGCUGGAGCCAGCCCUGCCCAUCUGGAUGAUGGAGACCAUGUGUUCCCGCAAGUGGCAGCUGGGCAUUGCUUUCUUGCCGGCUAGUAUCUCUUAUCUCCUUGGAACCAAUAUUUUUGGGAUGCUCGCACACAAAAUGGGGAGGUGGCUUUGUGCUCUUCUGGGAAUGAUAAUUGUUGGAAUCAGCAUUUUAUGUAUUCCUUUCGCAAAAAACAUUUAUGGACUCAUAGCUCCUAACUUUGGAGUUGGUUUUGCAAUUGGAAUGGUGGACUCCUCAAUGAUGCCCAUCAUGGGCUACCUGGUAGACCUGCGGCACGUGUCUGUCUACGGGAGCGUGUAUGCCAUUGCGGACGUGGCCUUCUGUAUGGGAUAUGCUAUAGGUCCUUCGGCUGGUGGGGCUAUCGCAAAGGCGAUCGGAUUUCCGUGGCUCAUGACGAUUAUUGGAAUAAUUGAUAUUCUUUUUGCUCCUCUCUGCUUUUUCCUUCGAAGUCCACCUGCCAAGGAAGAAAAAAUGGCUAUUCUCAUGGAUCACAACUGCCCCAUUAAGACAAAGAUGUACACCCAGAAUAACAUCCAGUCGUAUCCGAUAGGUGAGGAUGAAGAAUCUGAAAGUGACUGA